AAUUGAACAGUUUUUAUUAUUAUUUUUAAUCAGUGCGCGGUUGGUGAGGUGCGGAGGCGCGACGGAGCACUUGUUUGACGCGGAGACAGUCGUCACAGCGCGCACAGCCGCGCGCGACAGCAGUGAACAAAACGCACUAGCGCGUGCGCGCACUGAUUCGUUUGGCGAGAUGGCACCAAGUGAUGCCAAACACGACAAAUGAUGCUGCGCCUCUCGGGAACUUCACUUCGGAUGAGAAGCUGCACGCGGCGGGCCCUGAAACGGUGUAGCCCACGCGACGCGGACAGGCGCGCAUUGGACAGCUCGCGCGCUGGGAAGUUGGAGUCGCAUUCUCCUUUUUUUAAUAUUUAGGCGGAAACGCUGCGAAAUUUCCCGAGUGCGCACUUCCAACUCGCCUCUUUCUGCAUCCUUUUCCUCAUUCAUAACGGGAGGAUGAAGUCACCCAAGUCUCCCCCCUCUCUCUCCAACCCUUAUAUGUUUAAUUAACUAGGCUGAUGUGUAAGUACCUUCAGCCAGCGAAGCGUGGGCGGGCGGGCUGCGGGGGGAAAAACAGACUGCCGGAGAAUAUUUCCCUCAUUUCUCUCCCAGUCGGAAACAGAACCAUCUCCGUCGCGCAGCAGCGAGUGAAGCCACGCAAAUAAGUCGACCCGUUUAAACUUGUCCCGCAUUUGUUCGGGGCGCCCCGAAAAGCGCGCGAGAAAGGAGUAAAAAACUGGAGAUCGAGAGAAGAGAGGGAGAGGGAGAUUUAUUUUCGUCAUUCCUUUCCCCUUCUUUUCUGUGCGUGCGCGUUUUGAUGUUAUUUGUGACAGAAUCCCCUCCACAGUCUCCAAGAAUCCGGAGAUCGGCGCAAGCAGCAGGAGGAGGAGGAAGAAGAGGAGGUGGAGGACAGGAGAAGAGGAGGAGGAGGUGGCGCGCGGACCUGUCCACGAGCCCUCACUGCGGAACGCGCGGGCUGCCGCUGGAGAUUCCAAACCAACGGGUAUUAUUUAUCUGGAUCCAACAGUCUGACUGAUAUCCGCACAUCAGUGGCUUUUUUAUUAUUUUGUUUUUUGGGGGGGCUUGUUUAUUUUUAUUUUUUUUCACCAUCAUUCAUUUUUCUCCACUCCGCCGCUGAUAUGGACCGCGUUUGACAUCGCAGCAAGAGGAAUAGCUUACUACCAAUUACCGGAGGGAGGCGGGAGAGAGGUGGCGGCGGAGGGCGCAGGUCUUCAGAACCAGACAGGUGGAUUUAUCAGUUUUGGGGCUGUUUGCUAUUUUUCCUGGAGGUGAGAUUGGAUGGAGAAUAAAUAGAUGGAUUAAUCUAACGGAGGAGAGUCGUUUGUGAUUUCCGCUCGUGCCGAGGGCACCCGAAUGGAGUAACAGGCUGCAAUGUCAUCUCCACCUGGCCGCCUGGAGAGAUGUGUCACGGGAAUGGGAUCAAGUUUGAGCACUUUUCCUUUGGCUUCACUAACGCUGUGAGAAGGAACCGACAUGCCAGCAAACGCACGGGUCGUGGCGGCUGCCUGCACGGCUUCUCCCCGCACAGACAUAAUAAUAACCACAAUAAAACCCAGCAUUCACCGCACGGACUCCGAAGAAGAAGGCGCAAAGCCCCCACGACUCCGCAGCCGCGGCCGCAGCAGCCACGCGUUGUGACACCGAAGGGUACGAUGGGUGUAGUGGGCUGGAUGUUGCUCCUUCUCUCCUCGAUCACGGUGGCUGAGGCAUCUGAAAAGCCUCCGGGGCUCAGCGUGGGUGUGAUACUGGGUCAGACCCGCCCAGUCUUCGACCAGGAACUCCAGUAUUCACGGCGCCCUCAAGAUGUUGUUGAUGUUGAUGUCGUCACACUGAAGAUGAACCAGACAGACCCAAAGUCUGUGAUUACACAGGUGUGUGAGCUUGUGUCUCGCUCUCGCCUCCAUGGCCUUGUAUUUGCUGACGGCACCGAUCAAGAGGCCAUAGCACAGAUCCUUGACUUCCUGUCUGUUCAGACCCAGCUUCCAGUCCUUGGAGUUCACGGGGGCUCUUCUAUGAUUAUGGCUGACAAGGACGAGAAGUCCACUUUCUUCCAGUUUGGCGCGGCUCUGCAGCAGGAGGCUCUGCUCAUGCUUGCCAUCAUGGAGGAGUACGACUGGCAUGUUUUUUCCAUCGUAACCUCCAAGUUCCCCGGUUAUCAGGCUUUCAUCACUACUCUGAGGGUGACGGUGGAUCACAGCUUUGUGCGCUGGGACCUGCAGAGUGUGGUGACGUUAGAAGCUGUAGACGGCGACCCCAACUCCAAAUCACACAUAGCCCUCAAGAGGAUACAGAGCCCUGUUAUACUGCUGUACUGCUCCAAGGAUGAGGCUGUAUAUAUCCUGGAGGAAGCUCGGUCGUUAGGUCUGAUAGGAGCUGGUUACAUCUGGAUUGUGUCAAGCCUCACCACUGGAAACCCAGACUUUACCCCUGAGAUGUAUCCCCUCGGUAUGAUCUCGGUGUCCUACGACGACUGGGAGUACCCGCUGGAGACACGGGUGAGGGAUGGGGUGGGCAUCAUCUCCUCUGCUGCCACCUCCAUGCUGAAGGAGAAGGGAGAGCUGCCAGAGGCCCAAAGCAGCUGCUUCAGCAAGCCGUCAGAUAGGAGCCCCGGGAAGCUCCCUCCUAGUGCCCUACGCAGACACAUGAUGCAUGUGUGGAAUGAAGGCCGAGAUCUAUCUUUUACUCCAGAUGGUUACCAGGCCAACCCCAAAUUGGUUGUCAUCGUCUUGAACAGUGAAAGGAAAUGGGAGAAGAUGGGCCGUUGGGAAAACGGGACAUUGUCUUUGAUGUUCCCCGUGUGGCCGCGGUACAACGCCCACGGGGAUGAGGAUGCUGAUGAAAACCACCUUUCUAUUGUCACCUUGGAGGAGAAACCUUUUGUGAUCGUGGACAACGUGGACAUCCUCACCGGUACCUGCAUGAGGAACUCCGUGCCCUGUCGGAAACACAUUAAACUUAACAGCACAUCAGGAGGCGCCUACAUCAAACAGUGCUGUAAAGGUUUUUGUAUCGACAUCCUAAAGAAGAUCGCAAGGAACGUCAAGUUUACGUACGACCUUUACCUGGUCACCAACGGGAAGCAUGGGAAGAAGAUCAACAACGUUUGGAACGGCAUGGUCGGAGAGGUGGUGUAUAAGAAGGCCAUAAUGGCCGUCGGGUCUUUGACCAUCAACGAAGAGAGGUCGGAGGUCAUUGACUUCUCUGUGCCCUUCGUAGAGACGGGCAUCAGCGUCAUGGUGUCACGGAGCAAUGGAACUGUCUCUCCUUCUGCCUUUCUUGAGCCCUUCAGUGCAUCGGUUUGGGUGAUGAUGUUUGUGAUGCUGCUCAUUGUCACAGCCAUUGCUGUCUUUCUGUUUGAGUUUGUCAGUCCACUGGGCUUCAACCGCAACUUGGCCCAAGGCAAAGACCCACAUGGUCCAUCAUUCACCAUCGGUAAGGCCAUAUGGCUGCUGUGGGGCUUGGUAUUCAACAACUCCGUGCCCGUCCAGAACCCAAGAGGCACCACCAGUAAAUUCAUCGUAUCCGUUUGGGCCUUCUUUGCUGUCAUCUUCUUGGCCUCCUACACUGCCAACCUGGCUGCCUUCAUGAUCCAGGAAGAGUUUGUGGACCAAGUCACUGGACUAUCUGACAAAAAGUUCCAGAGCCCGUACUCCUACUCCCCUCCGUUUCGUUUUGGGACGGUUCCCAACGGCAGCACCGAGCGCAACAUCAGGAAGAACUACCCGGACAUGCAUCAGUACAUGACUAAAUACCACCAGAGCGGCGUCACAGAUGCACUGAUCAGCCUCAAGACGGGAAAACUGGAUGCAUUCAUUUAUGAUGCUGCAGUGUUGAACUACAUGGCGGGCAGAGACGACGGCUGUAAGCUGGUGACCAUCGGCAGCGGUUACAUCUUUGCCACCACGGGUUAUGGAAUCGCCCUGCAGAAAGGGUCCUACUGGAAACGCCUGGUGGACCUGGCCAUACUCAGCAUCAUUGGAGAUGGUGAGAUGGAGGAGUUGGAAGCACAGUGGCUAACUGGGAUCUGCCACAAUGAAAAGAAUGAGGUGAUGUCCAGCCAGUUGGAUGUGGACAACAUGGCGGGGGUUUUCUACAUGCUUGCCACAGCCAUGGGGCUUUCCAUCCUCACCUUCAUCUCCGAGCAUCUUUUCUACUGGAGGCUGAGAUACUGCUUCACUGGUGUCUGCUCCGGAAGGCCGGGCAUGCUCUUCACUAUUAGCAGGGGCAUAUGGAGCUGUAUCCAUGGAGUUCAUAUAGAUAUGAAGAAGAAGGCGCCUGAGCUGGACUUUAGUCCUCAAGCCAACAUGCUGCACUUACUCAAGUCUGCCAAGUCUAUCGCUAUGUCUUCGCCCAAGCGCAACACCGUCCUCCUGCAGCCGAGCAUCCUAGAAAUGAUGUCGGGAAAAGGUAACUCACUCCAUAGUCUGCCUCAGAAGGGUCCCGGUCUCUAUAGCAACGCUGCAGGUCCACAGGCUUUCCUGUCAUUGUCCGGGAGACAUAAAAACCACCUUAAUAAUGCUGCACCAUUUCCCGGACAACAAGUCCCCGCUCAUCCGACCAGCCCCAACAAGCCUCAGCUGUCUAUCACCAACGACAACGGCAAGAAUCGCCUGCCUGGGCCAGCCAUCUCCGCAUCAAAGCCACGGGCCCUGUGGAAGAAAAGCGUGGAGACACUGAAGACACAGCCAAGUGUCACAUCGCAAGGCCCAAGCCCCACCCCACCCUCGGGGAGUGGGCCUCCAACAAUGAAAAGCCAGCGCUACCUGCCCGAAGACCCGCAGCACUCUGACAUGUCGGAGUGUUCAAGUCGGCCACCGUCGCACAAAGAUUCUGACUCCAUGGCGGCGAGGGGCGGAUUUAAACCUAUUAAUCAGCUGAGGAAGAGGGGUGGAGGUGGAGGAGGCGGUGGAGGUGGAGGAACUAAGAUUUACUCCAUUGACUCUGACCAGGCCAGCCUCCAGUCUGUUCCUCCUUACCAGAGGGACAGCCAAGGGGGAGGUGACGACCACAGUUACCCACCUGACCUGUUUCCUCCUGAAAGCACUUACUCACACUCCCACCAGUCAGACGCGCCGAUCAUGCAGCUGAGCGCCAGCCUUCUGCACCACAGUCACAGUGCUGAGGCUGACCUUCACUCCCUAAAGGACAAGAAAUACAGCACCUACACCCACAGCAGUGUGAAGGAUAAAUCUGGGAGUUCGUUUGAUGCCCCAGGAGGAGGUCUGGGGACACAAGGCUCCAGGCCCGGUCACUGUCGCACCUGCCUGACCAAACUGGGGGGUUUCUCUGGUCUUUACACUGUCCGCUCACCACAAACCCGCUGCGAUGCCUGCGCCCACCUGGGAAACCUGUACGACAUCAGCGAAGACCACCUGCACUCGCACUACUCCAGCACUCACCCACACAGCGGGGACAUUUUUACCCACUACCAUCCUCAGAGCGAGCUGGGUCUCGUGGGCGAAGGGGACGGCCUCAUCAGCCACUUUGAGCCCACCCCUUCCUCGCCGUCUCCCAUCCCCACCCCCUCGUCCGCUCAGCACCUCCAGCUGAGUCGCCAGCACUCCUACGAGAACAUGCUUCCAGACGGCAUUCCAGAACGGCAGUCGCAGCCUCACACCCACACGCGAGGACUGAGCCUGCCUGACAGAGAUCGGGAUAGAGAGCUGACUCUGGAUGAUGGAGCUUAUGCCAAUGUUCUCACAAUGCGCUCCGAUCGUCCUUACAGCAGCCGCAGCCCCCCUUCCCCUUCCCCCUCGCACCACCACAGUCUGGACGCCCCGAUGCCUCUUUCACGGCGCUCCAAAAGCCUGUUGCCUGAUCGCCCAUCGCACAAUCCCUUCAUGCAGUCAACCCCCGGCACAGCACAACGAGACCCGGCCUCCCAGGCUGCCGCUCGCAUGCCACAGAGAAGUUCCACCCACGAGCUCUAUAAGCAGAGAAUGCCGAUGACGCUCACCCUGGGAAACCAUGGCAGCCAUCUCAUCAACCAGCAUGGUGGUCAUGUCGACCAACAGGUGUUCUACCCUCAGCAGGAACCUCCUGUGGUGGCCUACAUGGUCCCACCUGCUGCCGCUCAACCAAUGAGCUAUGUGACAGCGCCGCGAGCCUCAAGCGCAGGCGGCAACCGGCCCCGGCUGUACCGCCGCAUGCCCAGCAUCGAGUCUGAUGUCUGAGAGGCACGAACGACACACUUAAUCUCACAGAAACACACUCACACGCAAGCAUGCAAGUAAGAGGUGUGUGCGACAGGUUCAGGCAGUCUCUGAUUCUAAGCACAUAUUGAAAACCACACACACACACAGACACACACACUAGUGACAGACUGAAAGGUCAGCACUGGACUAAGAGGUAAACACUGCUACUGAGUGAACAAAUCAUUGCUUCUUUAUCACAUCCUUUAUAGGGAAGCAGAGAGGCUACAGGGACAUCUGGAGGCACAGUGUGAGAUGAGUGGUGUGUGUGUGUGUGUGUGUGUGUGUGUGUGUGUGUGUGUGUGUGUGUGUGAGUGUCACAGUGUGUACUAGCAUCAAGCUGUGGGCAGUGGGGCACAAACUGACAAUGUGUCCGACAUAAACAGAUGGAAGCCCCGGUGGAAUAAGAAGGACACUGUAGCUGGAGUUGAACAGUGGGAUCAGAUGUGGGACACGGCAGAGCGUUCGGAAGACGAGCCAACCCGUCCCACCCUCUCUCGGAGAUAAAACGGGGGUCAAAGGAAAAAAAACUCUAUUAUUCUGAUAUUUUACACACACACACACACACAUACAAGUCACCGGAAACAACCCCCCACCCCCACCCCUUGUCCUUCCUCUGGGAUUUUCCUGUUGCACUAGGAUUUCAACAGUCAACCCACACGUUGUCUGAGCCUCCAAAACUGCACUGCCGGCAUGGUUUAAAGAGCAGUCAACUACACUAAUCUGUAACGUGAAUGGAAAUUGCUAUCUAUGUGAAAUGUAGACAGGGGGGGUCAGGAAACACACCUGAGACGUCCGCGCCUCCCUGCAGAAGGCUGUACAAACACUUGAACACACACAAACACAAUUAAAAAAGAGAUGCCUGUUUUUUUAAGGGAAAGAUAAAACUUCAGACUGUUUAUUGUUGAUGUCAGCUAAUUGAACAUUCCAAAAAAUAUACAUAAUUUCAAAGUGGAGCGAAUGUGGCCACUCAUAAAAGCUUCUCAGGAUGAGAGUGUGUGUUCUUGUGUUUCUAGAUCUAAAGACACACUACGGCAUCCUUGCUUCCUCUCUUAGCUAGCCUUCAGGUCUUACUGCAUGCUUCCUACUGCCCUGUGUUCCAGUUAAACUCCUCUACAGGGUCAAAUAUGCUCACACGUACACCGGAACAGGCACACGAUGCACUCACGCUCACACACAUGCACUUACGCGAUAGUCUAGGAUCGUAGAUUAGAGUGGGUGUGUGUGUGAAGCAAUCAGAUAGCUUCUCUUUGUGCAGUUUGUAGAUUUUAAACCCUGCCACCCACACAGACGUUUGACCAAAAACACUUUUAUACAGAAAAAAUAUGAAUAUUCUCAAUCACUCGCUGGAUAGAUGUUUUCUUUUUCUUUUUUCUCUUAUUUAGAACAUCGUAAAAGGGCACCGCUCUGUCAAGUUUCCAGAUUCAAGAGCUUUACAGUGUUAGAUAACGGUUAAAUCAUCAUGCAAACAGUAAACACAACACAAAAUCUUUCUCUCUCAUUCCUACUUUUAACCACGCUCAUUCCUCCUUCUAACCUUUCUACCUUUUCUCAUCUGAUUAUUUUAGAGUUUUUUUCUGUCAAUUACUUCUCUUUUGCUCUUUCCCUGCUUCCGACUGUAGAGUAGAUAAAAUAUCAAAAGAGUAAAGUUCAGUCUUGGUGUUUGAAAACUCCACGUGUUGCUGAGAAUCGCCUGAUAUCGGUAGCUGUGAGAACUCAUCUGAUUCAGCACCGCGUCUCCUAGGAUACGGUGUUGUUCAUAAUAACUUUCUAUAUUGAACAAAAAAGGAUUUGAGGCCUGUUUGAUGUUUUUCGUGGUGAAUUUUGGGACUUGAGUGUGAUGCAGGUUUUACUCAUCAGAUUAAAUCUUCUGAACGAGCAUCCGGUGCCGCUCGCGCAUGGCGCUCCGCUGGUGAGGGCACGACGCUGCAUUUUAACAGAGACACGUGGCAGAGCAGAGUUUGUAAAGUGACUCGUUACAGAGGCAACACACACACUCGACAAGCUGGCAAAGUGAGUUUGAGUGUUUUAGAGAUCCAUAAUCUACUGAGUAAGGGCAUUGAUUUUUUAGCACAAGGAUUUUGAUGGAAACUGGACUUGAUAUCCCAUUAGCUGAGUGUCUGUCUCUAUUCUCUCUUUUGCUAUUCUCCUUUUCUCUCUCACACCAACAAACACACUCACUUUUAUACAGUCCAUUAGUGUCAAAGAAAGCAAAACAGUCUGAAACAAAAGAAAUGCACCUUUAAACGGUGAGUGCUGCCCCUCUUUUUGGUAACAGGUAGGUUGUGUGAGUUAUAUGCACAAUAUCAGGUCGCAAUAUUAUACUUCUGUACAAAGAAAUCUUGUUUUAAAUGUUAGAAACUGAUUUCAUUUGUUUUAUUUGAACAUUAUUAAGUAUUGAUCUCAUUUCAAAUACAUAGUGUUAUUUUUAUUUAUUCUGCUUUUAGAAACAAAAAGAAAGGCAUGUUUUAGAUUUUUCUGUGAUUUUAUUUUCCUGGAGCUUCGUUGGUUGGGACCUCACUGUACAGUUGUCGCAGCUGGGUUAGUCACCUAUGUGGGUCAUCUAACCAGUUAACUCACUCCACAUCGCUGGGUCUGAAUCACACUCAGUGACGGUCCAGCCGGUGCAGCAGAAACAAAAACCCCCAUUCCACCCACAGUGUACUCCUCCACAACGAGUCUGUGCUGUUCCUUCUCUGAGAGAGAGAGAGAGAGAGAGAGAGAGAGAGAGAGAGAGAGAGAGAGAGAGAGAGAGAGAGAGAGAGAGAGAGAGAGAGAGGGAGAGAGAGAGAGAGAGAGAGUGUGCAUGUGUGUGUGUGUGUGUGUGUGUGUGUGUGUGUGUGUGUGUGUGUGUGUGUGUGUGUGUGUGUGUGUGUGUGUGUGUGUGUGUGUGUGUGUGUGUGUGUGUGUGUGUGUGUGUGUGUGUGUGUGUGUGUCUUUCGUCCUACACUCAACAUUUGACCUUGCUGUUAUUCACACAACACAAAAACAGUUGCACACACACACAAAUACACACGAGUCUGUACCGCUGUGGUUUCCAGAGCAUUUAGAAGGAUUUUUGUACGUCCACCAUCACAGAAAUGAUUACACCAUCUUUAGUUUUAGUUUCGUUUCUACUUUUACUUUAACUGCAUGACGUACUCGUGUUUCUGAUGGUACCUAUUUUGCUGCAGCACCUGGUUCCUCCCUGAGUCGGACCUUCUGGGCUACAUGCACUAAUAUUUACCCCCUCCACCAUGACUGUACCAGCACACCACUUCAGGUCCAAACCCUAAACCCUGUGAUGUGAGCAACGUGACACCUGGCUGGCUCUCGCACAAUGCCAGCCACUAUCAUGAAACUUGUUCAAAAGCAUUUCCAGACACUGCUGACUUUUUUAGAUUGGCCCACCUGUUCCUGCAUACAGUACUGAGUGGAAGGGGUGUGUUGGUGUGUAGUCCUGUGGGUCUUCCUGCUGUGUAUCAAACUUGUGUAUAAGUUCAGGGGUUUCAAAGCUACUAGUUGUGUUGUAAAUACUACCUUAUCACUCAGUACCUCUGUACAAUCUGUAAAUAAGUAAAGGUUACAUUUUUCUAA